AUGAAGAGCUGCUGGAAAAUUCCGGUUUUCUUCUUUGCCUGCAGUUUCCUGGGACCCUGGGCAUCUGCAGCUGUCAAGCGUCGUCCAAGGUUUCCUGUCAAUUUGAAUUCUAGUGGUGACGACGCACUCUGUCCUAAGAUCAGGAUUGGUCAGGAUGACUUACCAGGGUUUGAUCUAAUUUCUCAGUUCCAGGUAGAUAAAGCAGCAUCUAGGAGAGCUAUCCAGAGGGUAGUGGGAUCAACUUCAUUACAAGUGGCUUACAAGUUGGGAAGUAAUGUAGAUUUCAGGAUUCCGACCAGGCGUUUAUACCCCAGUGGACUGCCUGAAGAAUACUCCUUUUUAACUACUUUUCGGAUGACUGGAAGCACACUUGAAAAGAACUGGAACAUUUGGCAGAUUCAGGAUUCCUCAGGGAAGGAGCAGGUUGGCGUGAAGAUUAACGGCCAAACAAAAUCUGUUGCAUUUUCAUACAAGGGACUGGAUGGAAGUCUCCAAACAGCAGCCUUUUUGAAUCUGCCCUCCUUGUUUGACUCCCAGUGGCAUAAGGUCAUGAUUGGUGUGGAAAGGAACACUGUUACUCUUUUCAUUGACUGUAACAGGAUUGAAUCCUUACCUAUAAAGCCAAGAGGCCAAAUCAGUAUCGACGGCUUUGCUGUGCUGGGAAAACUUGCAGAUAACCCUCAAGUUUCUGUUCCGUUUGAACUUCAAUGGAUGCUGAUCCAUUGCGACCCCCUGCGACCCAGGAGAGAAACCUGCCAUGAGCUUCCGGUCAGGAUAACACCCAGCCAGACCACCGAUGAGAGAGGACCCCCGGGCGUGCAGGGCCCCCCUGGGCCUCCGGGGCCCCCUGGAGUUCCGGGCAUAGACGGCAUCGACGGCGAGCGAGGUCCAAAGGGUCCCCCGGGCCCGCCGGGUCUCGCUGGAGAACCUGGAAAGCCAGGAGCUCCGGGCAAGCCUGGCACGCCGGGCGCCGACGGAGUAACAGGACCAGAUGGAUCCCCUGGCUCUGUUGGACCAAGGGGACAGAAAGGAGAACCUGGUGUGCCGGGACCUCGUGGAUUUCCAGGUCGUGGUAUUCCCGGACCUCCUGGUCCUCCUGGGGCAACAGGACUCCCCGGAGAACUUGGCCGAGUUGGAUCAGUUGGUGACCCUGGGAGACAAGGACCACCUGGCCCCCCUGGCCCUCCAGGACCCGGUGGGGCAAUUGGCUUUCAUGAUGGAGAUCCAUUGUGUCCCAAUUCCUGUCCACCAGGUCACUCAGGAUAUCCAGGCCUACCAGGCAUGAGGGGCCAUAAAGGGGCUAAAGGAGAAAUUGGGGAACCAGGAAGACAAGGUCAUAAGGGUGAAGAAGGUGACCAGGGAGAACCGGGAGAAGUUGGAGCUCAAGGACCUCCAGGAGCUCAAGGUUUGAGAGGCAUCACUGGCAUAGUUGGGGACAAAGGGGAAAAAGGUGCUCGGGGCUUAGACGGUGACCCUGGGCCUCAGGGUCUUCCUGGUGCACCUGGUGACCAAGGACGGCGUGGACCUCCAGGAGAAGCAGGUCCCAAGGGAGAGAGGGGGGCUCAAGGUUCCAGAGGAAUUCCUGGCCUCCCUGGGCCCAAAGGAGACACGGGCCUGCCAGGUGUGGAUGGCCAUGAUGGGAUACCUGGGAUGCCAGGAACAAAGGGCGAACCAGGGAAACCUGGGCCUCCUGGUGAUCCAGGAUUGCAGGGGUUACCUGGUGUUCCUGGAAUUCCUGGUGCAAAAGGCAUUGCUGGUGAAAAGGGUAACACAGGUGCUCCAGGAAAACCUGGUCAGUUGGGAAAUUCAGGCAAACCGGGCCACCAGGGGCCACCAGGAGAGGUGGGACCUAGAGGACCCCGGGGGAUUCCUGGCAGUAGAGGAGUAAUAGGACCAGCAGGACCCCCGGGCAUACCAGGUAAACUGGGUUCUCCUGGUAGCCCUGGCCUCCCUGGCUUUCCUGGCCCCCCUGGACUUCCUGGAAUGAUAGGUGACAGGGGUUUAGCUGGUGAACCUGGUCCAAAGGGUGAACAGGGUGCCUCUGGUGAAGAAGGUGAAGCAGGAGGAAGGGGUGAACUUGGAGAUAUAGGCUUACCUGGCCCAAAGGGAUCUGUGGGUAACCCCGGGGAGCCUGGGUUGAGAGGGCCUGAAGGAACUCGGGGACUUCCUGGAGAGGAAGGACCCAGAGGACCACCUGGACCCAGAGGCGUGCAGGGACAGCAAGGUGCCACCGGCUUGCCUGGCAUCCAGGGCCCUCCGGGUAGAGGACCGACAGAUCAGCACAUUAAGCAGGUUUGCAUAAGAGUCAUGCAAGAGCAUCUUGCUGAGAUGGCUUCUAGUCUCAAACGUCCAGACUCAGGUGCCGCCGGCCUCCCUGGGUUGCCUGGGCCCCCAGGACCCCCUGGGCCCCCAGGAGAGAAUGGUUUCCCAGGCCAGAUAGGACUGCGUGGCCUCCCCGGCAUUAAAGGUCCCCCUGGUGCUCUUGGUCUCAAGGGACCUAAAGGUGACCUGGGAGAAAAGGGGGAGCGUGGCCCUCCAGGAAGAGGACCCAAAGGUUUGCCUGGAGCUACAGGUCUCCCAGGUGACCCAGGGCCUGCCAGCUACGGGAGAAACGGCCGGGACGGUGAGCUAGGCCCUCCAGGGCCGGCGGGAAUUCCUGGUGUGCCUGGGCCCCCGGGACCUCCUGGCCUUCCUGGUUUCUGUGAGCCAGCCUCCUGCACUGUUCAGCUGGUCAACGAGCAUUUAGCAAAGGGCCCAAUCAGUGAAAGGCUUAGUGUUGAUGGCACUGCAUAAAUCACACCUGGCCAAGGAGCUUGGAGGAGAAACACCACCCAAAGCUGGGGCAAAGGAUGACAGUGUAUUACCUUCAACAUUAUUAGAGAUGUCCUACUUGACAAUCAGAUUUAGAAUGAUGGUGCUAUUCAAUAAGUCCUCUUUCCUUUCCAUUGGAGGGAAGAUGGCAGUCAUCCAUAAAAAACCUCCCUUUAAAUAAAUUUAUAAUUCUACUCCCAGGAUCUUGAACUUUUUAGUGUGCUAUAUAUGUGUGAUAUAUCUUGGGCCACUGUGCCAAUAAACAAAAACAACUGUUUGGUUUACCUCAGUUGCAGUACUUAUUUUCAUUUUCUAUUUAAAUGUUCUUCUCAGACAUUCGUUUCAGCUGUAUAGAGGAUUACUGGACUAGUUACAAAGAAACCCCACUAGAGUUCAAUAGAAUUGGUGCUUAAAAUCCCCAUCAAUGUGCUCUCUCGGGAAUGGUAAGAAAGUGCAGUGUGAAUGAUUUCCUUACAUCACAUGUUGAUUUUCAUCUUCAGCCUGAAUUUUUGUUGAACUGUACUGUAUUCCAUACCCUUCAAUUUAUUGAGCUCUUCUGUGUGAAAGUAAAGAAGGAAUUUUAAAUAUUCUGGCAUUAAUAAGUUUUAUUGAUGAGAUUAUUUAUUUUAAAGGCUUGAGGUAACAUCUCUGGUUGUACCAAAGAAAUAAAUAUGAUUUCUUAAUCUCUUGCAUGUUUUCUUAUAGUCAUGUUCAAUGAAGUCACUGAGCUUGUUUAGAUACAUUAAAAAAUUUUGAAUUACUAAUAUU